UAAACUGAAUUUGUUAACAAAGUUGGACCAUAGACCAACAAAAAAAUUGGUUUAAUCUGUCACAGAAUUGCAGCUUCUUCACCUAAUGCGGGGAAUUGGAUUAAUCUCUCACAGAAAGUUGAUUUCUUGCAUGGUUCAAGAAUCAAACAUGGGGCGAGUUAACUUUGCCCACCACAUGUUUGACUGUAUUCCGAUAAGAGUUGACUACUCAAUUGAUUUGGUUGCAUAUGCUUUUGUUCAUGUGCCUUUGCAUUGACCCUUUGAGUGGUUUCAAUGCAACUGCUGCAAAGGCUAAUGUGGGAAUCAUUCUUGAUUUCGACGGAACUGUGGGGAAGAUAUGCAAGACUUGCAUCUCUAUGGCAAUCGAAGAUUUCUACUCCAACCGCGAUUACAGCACCAUGAUCGAGCCUCAUUUCAGAGACUCGAGGAGUGAUGUUGUUACUGCAGCUUCUGCAGCUAUAGAUUUGUUGAAGAAUAAUCAAGUGAUGGCGAUAAUCGGGCCACAAAGAUCCAUUCAAGCAGACUUCGUGAUAGAUAUUGGUGACAAGGUGGAAGUUCCAAUAAUUUCUACAGCAAUGAGCCCGUCUGUAUCGCUCAAAGACUCAUCAUACUUCAUCAGAUCAGCAUGGUGUUCCUCUUCUCAGGUCAAACCAAUUGCAGCAAUUGUGAAGAAAUUUGGAUGGAGGGAGAUUGUUUUUGUGUACGAGGAUUCAACCUAUGGAAGCGGAUUAGUGCCGUAUUUGACUGUGGAUCUGCUAAAGAGCAAUGCUGUGGUCUCACAGCAAAGUGUUAUUUCCUCUGAUGCAACGGAGGAUGAAAUCCGACAGGAGCUUGGCAAGUUGAUGAAGAUGAGGACGAGGGUGUUCGUGGUUCAUAUGCUGCCAGGCCUUGCAUCCCGUUUCUUCAAGGUGGCGAAAGAAGCAGGGAUGAUGGGCAAGGGGUAUGCUUGGCUAAUAGUUGACGUGCUAACGAGUCUCUUGGAUUCUAUGGAUCCACAAACUAUGGAGGCGAUGCAAGGUGUAAUAGGUGUGAAGGCUUACGUUCCAAAAUCCGUUGAGCUUAUUAACUUUGAAAAGAGAUGGAGAAAGAGGUUUCAUAUGGAGAAUCCGGAGAUGGACAGAACAGAACUCAAUAUUUUUGGUCUAUGGUCUUAUGACAGCAUCACAGUUUUGGCAGAGGCAAUUGAACGAGCUGGUGUGACAUCCCCGCAGUUCAAUAGAUCGGUUGAUGGAGCAAAUUUGACAGAUUUGGGAGCAAUAGGAACAUCAUUGGCUGGACCACCACUUCUUGGUUGGAUCAGAAACCACACGUCCAGAGGGCUGAGUGGUGAUUUUAACAUAAGUAACGGCCAACUGCAGCCAUCUGCAUUUAGGAUAGUUAAUGUGAAUGGCGGGAAAGAAAUCUCAAUUGGAUUUUGGAGUGAACAAUGUGGUAUCUCAAGGGAGCUUAAGCCUUAUGAUCAUCAAGAUGAUUGUUCGACCGGAAAGGAAAAUCUUGACCCCAUUGUAUGGCCCGGGAAAGAAAAUAUAGUGCCUAAAGGGUGGGAACUUGCUGUGAAUGGUGAAAAGUUUAGAGUUGGAGUUCCAGCAAAAAUUGGUUUCAAUGAAUUCCUUAAAGUUGAAAAGAAUGAAGAAACAGGUGUUGUUCAAGCAACGGGUUUUUGCAUUGAUGUUUUUGAGAAGGUGUGGGAAAAUAUUCCGUAUAGUGUCCCUGUCGAAUAUGUUGCAUUGGGUACAGAAUAUAGGAGUAAUGAUGAAAUUAUGCAGAAGUUAGACGGAAAGGAUCUUGAUGCAUUCGUGGGAGAUGUAACGGUCACAGCUAACAGAUCCGAGUAUGCAGAUUUCACGUUCCCUUACUCAGAAUCUGGAAUUGCCAUCGUUGUUCCAAUCAAGCCUAACGGGAGGAAGAAUGCUUGGAUAUUUAUGAAACCUCUAACAACCGGCCUUUGGCUAACCGUUGGAGCGUUCUUUGUCUACACUGGUUUUGUCAUUUGGGUUCUUGAGCAUCGCGUAAAUAAAGCAUUUCGGGGUCCACCUAACCAGCAAGUUGGGAUGAUAUUCUGGUUCUCAUUCUCAACGCUUGUUUUUGCACAAAGGGAGAAAGUAAGGAGCAACUUGACAAGAUUUGUGGUGAUCGUGUGGGUGUUCGUGGUGCUGGUUUUGACGUCAAGUUACACUGCAAACUUGACAUCCAUGCUAACAGUAGAUCAACUGCAGCCUGAAAUCAACAGUGUGAAUGAUCUGAUAAAGAAUGGAGAGUUUGUCGGCCACCAAAUAGGCUCCUUCGUUGGUGCAUUCUUGACAAACAACGGCAUUGUUGAAUCCGCGAGCCUGAAAAGCUACAGCAAUGUGGAUCAAUUCCACGAAGCUCUGUCCAAAGGCAGCAGAAAUGGAGGAGUAGGCGCGAUUAUUGAUGAACUCCCUUACGUUAGGCUUCUCCUUUCCAAGCACUGCAACAAGUAUACCAUGAUCGGUCCAAUCUAUCCAAUUUCUGGCUUUGGUUUCGCAUUUCCAAAGGGUUCGCCACUGGUUUUUGAUGUUUCACACGAGAUCCUGAGGCUGAAAGAGGAUAAGGAUUUAAUGGUGAGGAUCACGGAGAAAUGGCUAGGAGAUGAAAAGGAUUGCCCCAAUGCUAAUGGAGCUCUGAGCAAAUCUCAGAGGCUCAAUCUUGACAGUUUUAAGGGGCUCUUCGUCAUUGCUGGGGUGUCAUCAACGCUAGCUCUGGCUAUAUUCUUGUCCCGUUUCUUGUAUGAGAAUCGGUAUCUACUAGAAUCUACUGCUUCAACGAAGGAAAAGCUUCUCGGGCUUGCUAGAAUUUUUUCAAGGGAGAAGGAUGAGUCGUUGUCAUCCAAGGAAACGCAGAGUCCUGAUCGUGAAGUCGGAGUUUCAGCAGCAGCAAGUCCAGCCAUAAGCAUUCCAUGUGAUCAAGAUCAAGGGAUGUUUUCACAAGAUGAAGGAUUCUCAACAGUAGAAAUCUUCGUUAAACAACGUCGACAGGAGACAUAUUCAUGACUAUGUUUUUUCUUGUUUAAUUGUAGUCACAUUGUAUAUAAAUAACACUUAUUUUAGGAUAAAAGAGAUCCUAUAUGUUGUAUCUAUAUAGGGGAAUAAAGGCCAUUGCAAUCCAUCA